AUGGACGAACCCCUGAAGGAAGACGAAGCUGAGGUAGCAGAACACUGGUUCUCUAAGUGGGAGAGUCAAUGCCUAGACUCAGCCUAGCAAGAAGAGCAGCUGACUCAGGAGCUGCAAGAUGAGGGACGAGGAGACAAGGAGGACAAGGAGGUGGCAGGGCCCAAGAGUGAGCAGCAGAAACUCUGGCACCUCUUCCAGGUCUCCACCACCUCCAUGGCCCAGCCCUACAAGGGUUCGGGCUGCUCACAGUCAGAACUUUCCAUGUGGGACGCUUUCCAGAAUGUGGCCAUGGCUGUCAUCAGCCUCUACAACGAAAGCAGGAAUGCCCACCAACAAAGUUUUGACCUGUAUGUCCAGGUUGGCUACCAGCGUUGCAUCAAAGAUAUUCUAGAUUGGGUGAAGAAUGGACGAAGCACUAUUCUCCAAGAAGACCUGAUAAGCUUUCUGUGUGGUAAAGUGCCCCCCACUCCAUUACCAUGCACCCCCAAGAUGGCCACUGAAUCCUACUCAUCAGUGUACAUCCACUUGCAGACCUUCCAGGAGGCCAUAGCCCUGCACGGACUCAGUGGCACCAUGGCGAGCAUCAGCAUGAAAUCUGGCACACCCAGCUCCCCACCUCAAACUGGUGGUGUUUGGAACAGUGUCACUAGCCAUGGUCAACAAAAAAGUAACAUCCUUGAGGACGACUUGAACUCCAGUGACUUGGAAGACCUGGCUCUCUGCCUUGCCAUAAGCGCAACCAAAUGGUGUAACUGA